GUAGCUUCUCCCCCUCCCAUCACCUUGAAAUUUUCCAAACAUAUUGAAUACCGGGGAGAAUGUCUCGGGAACUUAUGCCGUAUCCCGAGCCGGAAAAGAUAUUCCUGGUGGCCUACGAAAUGAAGGUGCCUGAGGGCGCCAGCCCCAGGGGCCUGUUUCCACUCGUGACCCUCAAGGCGGAGCACCUGAAGGUGCGUGGCUACAUAACCCAGACGCACUGUGGACGCAAGGUUGGCGGCGAGCUGGAGGGGAGCGAGGAGGACCUUAAGCAGAUGGUAGAAUGGCUAAUGGGUAAAGCUCGCCCGAAAGAGGACGAGGACGCCAGUAGCCAGCAAAUGGCGGAGGUACGGUUCUCCCCGUGGAAGCUUCAAUCGGGUGCCAAGUACGCCGAUUUCUUUUACUGUUGAUUGAAUUUAUUAAAAUUUCAAAUAAAUUUCGUUGGACCCAGAA